GAAGGAAAUAACAGAAGUGCCUAAAAGUGAAAAGAAUAAGCCUGAUCUCCUUGAAACCAUAAACUCCUGCAUCCAGAAAGGAAAGGAGUGGCAGGGGAUUUAUUAUGCCAAAAAGAAGAACGGGGACAGUGUCCAACAAAAUGUGAAGAUCACACCUGUGAUCGGACAGGGAGGUAAAAUCAGACACUACGUGUCUAUCCACAGGCCUUUACAUGAUCAGAAUAAGACAUCCAGUGAACGGGUGCAGGCAGAAUCUCAGACAGACAUCCAGUCCAGUAAGCAUAAGGACCGGAGGAAAGGCUCGUUGGACGUCAGAUCGACUACGUCUCGAGGGAGCGAUGGCAGUUCCCAGAGAAGACACUCCUCCAUGGCCAGAAUCCACUCCAUGACCAUCGAAGCUCCAAUCACCAAGGUGCCUACGUUUCAUACAAUGACUUACACAACUCUGUCAUUUACUACACAGUCAUACAGUCAUAUAGUCAUAUAGGAUAUCUGUGGUAAUUUAAGUUCUGUCACAUAACCACUCCUAGUCCUCAAGGUUCUGUCACAUGACCACUCCUAGUCCUCAAGGUUCUGUCA